CGCAAUGACAUUCUGGUACGGGCUUUCACUAAUCCAAUAUGGCGCCCAUCAUUGAGAAGGAAGACAAGAUGGGCAACUUCAAUGAGGAAAGCAGUACUGAUGAUUCAGAAAAUUUAUGGGCGGAUAUACUUAGUGAAGUGCAGUCAGGCUCUGCAUCUAAAUUACCAACUACUAGAACUGUUUUGGUAUUAGGUGAUAAUGAUUCUGGAAAAACAACAUUGAUUGCUAAAUUACAAGGCUUGGAGGAACCAAAGAAAGGAUCAGGUUUAGAAUACUACUACAUUGACGUCAAAGAUGAGUACAGAGAUGAGCAAGCAAGGCUUAAUGUUUGGGUGCUGGAUGGGGACCCUCACCACACAGGAUUACUGAAAUACGCUUUAAAGGAAGACAGUUUUAGUGACACUCUAGUCAUGUUGGUGGUUUCCAUGGCCCAGCCUUGGGCCCUUCUAGAAACACUGACCAAGUGGGCUGAUGUAUUGAGGGAUCAUGUAGAUAAGUUGAGAAUUCCAGCUGAUAAAUUACAAGAAUAUGAACAAAGUUUAAUCAGGGUUUAUCAGGCCUACACAGAACCAGGUGAUGGGCCAAUAGCAACUCAAGGCCCACCCAGAGGUGAUAUUAAUCCACUUCAUCCACCACCUUCAGGGUCUGAAGAGGAAAGUGUACUACCUUUAGGAGAACUGACACUAUCCAAAAAUUUAGGCAUACCUAUUGUAGUUGUUGUUACAAAGAGUGAUACAAUAUCAAUGUUGGAAAAAGACUUUGAUUAUAAAGAUGAACAUUUAGAUUUUAUUCAACAACAUAUUAGAAAGUUCUGUUUAAAGUAUGGUGCAGCCAUGUUUUAUACAUCAGUAAAAGAUGAACGCAAUUGUGAUUUGCUGUACAGAUAUUUGGUGCAUAGGAUUUAUGGCUUUCCUUUCACAUCCCCUGCUCUAGUGGUAGACAAAGAUUCUGUCUUUGUGCCAUCUGGAUGGGACAAUGAGAAGAAAAUUAGUAUAUUAUAUGACAAUAUGACCAGCAUGAAACCAGAUGAUACUUUCGAAGACAUCAUUACCAAACCUUCUACGCGCAAGGUUGUCCAGCGAGAUGCUGAGGUUACUGCUGAAGAUGAUCAAGCUUUCCUCGCCAAGCAACAGUUACAAUUAUCUAAACAAACAGCGACUCCAGGAACUGGAACCCCACCUCCUGCAGCUGCUCAAGAGUCACCAGUUCCUAGACUUCAGAGGCCACAAGUACACAAAACUCCUGAGAGGUCUCCAGCACCUGCCAAUGCUGGCACACCUGUGCGUGGAAAGGAUGGCAAACCACAGGCUGGGAACACGACAGAAGGAAUGCUGGCAAACUUUUUCAACAGUCUUUUGAGCAAAACUCCUGGACAACCAGGGCCUAAUGUAGCGUCAAUGACAGGAGCCGAGCACAUUGACAAGGCUGCUGUAUCUCGCGAUGCGGCAGCAGAGUUGGAGAGAAUGACGAAAGGAAAGAAGUCCAUUGACACCAACAACACAUCAACAGACUCUGCAGAACCCCAGUCUUGAUGACUUUAUCCAUCUCAUCUCUCUUUUUUAGGUUCCAAUUUUAUCUAAUUUAAGUCAGUUAUGAACCGUAAUGCAUUUUAAUGUUGGUCCCAGCGCUGUUUUCCUUCACUCAGAGAGUAUAGGUGAUCUUCAAUUUUUAUUUUCUUUAUUGCAUACAAAAAAUUUUUUUUAGAGCUCAAAUUAAUUAGUCAAUUUUGUUAUUGUCUUUCUAUGAAAGCCAUUUUUUUUUUUUUGUGUGCUGAAAUAUUUGAAAACAGUUGAAGCUUUUUACUGACUUUGCCCCUUCAUUUUGCUCAUCCGUUUUUUUGUUUUUUUUUUCCAUUGACAUCAGUGUUCAUUCCCAGCUUGAGGGACUGUUUCAGAUGAUUUUGAUUUAAUUUAUACACUAUAGUAAUUUUAUAAGAUAUAUAUAUAUAGCCGUAAAUAACAAUAUACAUCAAAGAAGUAACUGUGCCAUUUGUUUUCUUAGUGCCCUGCAUAUACUUUUCAGCAAGCUUAUUGUAUGGUUCAAUCCAGUAUCUUUUUUUUUCAGUUGUUAAAGGUGUAGAUAUCUCAAGUUAUUUAUGGUAUAUCUUAGUUUUCAUUUAAUUUAACCAUUGCUUAGGUUUUUCCAUGAAUGAUCCAGGAGCUGUUCAUUCUAAUAGAUGACCAAGUUGCCAGGGAAUCUUAUGCCGAUGUACAUAUGUAUACGACGUCUGAUCAUUAGAUGUACUUAGUCAUUGUAGCUUUGUAAUAACCAAUGCAUAAACAAACAUAAAACAGUAUGGCCCAUUUGGAUUCACAGAAUAUGCUAAUGGGCAGUGUCUUCCUCAUUGGCAUCUUUUUUUUUUUUUCUGUUCAUUUCAAAACCUAGUCUUGUUUUGUGGUUUGUUUUUUUUUUUUGGUGAGAUUUUAGUUUUAAAUUUAACUUUUUUUUAAAAGUAGAUUUCCCCUCCCCCUUUAUCUUUUUACUUUUCUAUGUAUUUAUAGUCUUUCAUUGAGACUCCUCCUCCAAGCUAUGUCCUUCUGUCUCUCUUUGGUGGAGGGUAGGAUGCUUUGGCAUUAUUGCAGCUGGUGAAUGAAAAUGGACUUGAUACCUAUACAUAGGAUUCAUUGGUUUUGUGUGGAUGGAAGGCAGUGUGUGAUCCUGAUGUGAUAACUGGGGCGGGGGGUGGGACUAAAAACCUCUUGUUUUGUUGUUGCCGAUGUAUUCCCAAGUGGUUGUCCAUUGUAAAUAUUAAUGUCUCAUAGUUCUUUGACGCCUCCCCCCUCAGUUUUUUUUUCAUUUUUUGUGGUUUGAAAGCCGCUGAAAUCUGAUGAGUGUUGCUGAUAGGAUCUUUCUUUUGUUCAGUGUCUGUUGAAGAUCACUUGUGAAAUACUCUUGUAUUUAUUGGUCUUAUCAAUAGAUAGAUAUCAUUCCUAUCAUCUCUCUGUAAGAGAAUGCAUGUCUUGUGUUUAUCUGUGUUGCAUCAUUCUGAAAUCAUUUAAAAGUGAAUUUGAUGUAAGUAAUUAUUUCAUUGACUAAAUUGAUAAAAAAUCCCUGAGAUUAAAUUUGAAGCAGAUAUAAUUUUAAAUGUAGAUCUCAUUUAAAAAAAUGUUUAUUCAUCGUCUCAAUGAGGUUGCCAACUGUUUAGUAUUGUUUUAUCUUAGCUUUAAAGUAAAUAAAUUGCUGAAUAACCUCUAUUGUCAUUUUUCGAAAGUUAAAAUUAUAAAUGUGCUCUUUUUUUUUCCCCCCAUUCAGGUGAUUGUAAUUGCUUAAUCUUGCACCCAAUUGUAGUGGCUUGCUAAAUAUACAGGUUUCUUUCUAAAGUAGUAUCACACAUGACAGUGAUUGGGAAAAGUCACAUUAUUAUCUUUCAUUUUCCCCCUCAUCUUAUCACACAUCCACUUGCUUAUACAAAAAAUGCCAAAAAAAAAACCCAACUAAAACUGCAUGCCAUGUUUACUUGUAGUGACUCAGUAUCUAUUGUGUUAAUGGACCAUGUAAUUUUGUUGAACAAAGUCUCUGAAUGAAGGUUCUUUGUGAAGUGUCAUUUCAAACCUUUCAUUUUGGUUCUGUCUGAGUGUAAAGUGCAAGCUGGGUUUUUCUCUCCUACUUGUGAUUAGAAUGUUGGUAAGAAAAAAAUUGUAAAUUAUUUUUGUUUUGUUUUUAUGUAUAAUAUUUUUUAAUUUGACGACUGGUUGACAAUAAUGUAAGAUACUGAGUGAUGAGUAACGCUAUAUAAAUAUAUAUAUACAUAUAAAUAAAUUGAAUGCAUGUGCAUACUUAGUAUCCAGGAAUGUGUGAAAAAAUUAUUUUUUUUCUAGUUACAGUGAACCUUGUUAUAAUAAAUUUUAUAGGACAAAGGUUUGAUUUUUCUAAUUAUUCAAAGAUGGAUAACUAUGUAGCUAAACUUGAGAAGUUUAAGAUGAAUCAGAAAGGUGGAACUUCGAGGUGCACUGUGUAAACAUUGAUAUAAAGUUUGCUAGAACAGGGAUUCACUGUAUUUUUAUUCAUAUUUGUAUAUUGUCUUGAUGCUGUUCUGUGCUAUUGAUUGAUCUAUUUAGUCAUUUGUGCUUAACUCUGUUAUAGCCAAGACUUGUGAUGUCUGCAAUACAAAUCAUUUCAGAAUCCAUUUGAAAGGAUGGUGGGGGCUGCUUUUGACUUUUGUAUUAUCACAUCAUUUCCAGGACACUUUUUUUUUCUCUUGAUCUAGAAAUUUAAUUUACCAUUUAAAUAAAAGAUAGAAGAAAUAAUUGUUAAACCACACAAUAUGAGUCAAUUAAAAUUAAUUUUGGUGGUUGGGAAAGGGGGGGUGUCAAGAUAUUUACAUAAUAAACAAUGUAAAGAAAAUGAGUGGAUUUUAAAUGUCAUUUUAGCAAAUAUUUCACCUCUCUCUGUAUUAAUUUCUUAUGAUAUUGAUAUGUUUUUGUUACAAUGUGCGCUUUUUGUAGGCUGAAUGAUUUGUGAAAAAAAAAACACUUUCUUUUGUGGUUGCUUUUUUUUUUUUUUUGGUCCUGGAUCAAAGAAACAUAAGACACUUUUUAUUUGAAAACAAAAAGAAAGAAAAACAAAGACACUUGAAAUAAUUUUAUUCCUUUGCCAUUGUCUUGAUCUUUGUACUUUAAUUUAUUGGCUGAGGUGCACAUCCAUCAUUGACAUGGGGCGUAGUACACAAUGAGCUUAUGCAGUUCAGAGUAAUUGUACCAUUUUGUGUUGAUGAUUACAAGUCCUAGCCUCCACAGCUUGCCUAAGCAACUCAUCAACUGACAUUUUUUUAAUUUGAAGCAAAAAUUGUGAUCCCAUGUGGAAAGUGAAAAGCACCAUUGAAAAUAAAGCCUUUAGAAGUAGAUUAUUGAAAAAAGGAUUGAAUCCUUUGUUCCUUUGAUGUAGGCUUACUGCCAUUAAGUCAACUGAAUGACAUGUUGAUUUGCUUGAACAAGUUGUCGAGGCCAUCAGGCUGACUUGAAACAAAAGCCUCAGCACUUGUGCAAUAAAAGAUUGAAAACAUUCUC